GACGACAUUUGGGGCGAGACCAUCUCUGUGCGUUGGAUCCGCCUCGUUCGGUCUCGCUUCGUCCGACCCAGCACAUCGUGACAGCUUCCAUGAGUCAAUGGCUCGACCGUGCCGACUUCGUCGCCCGCUUGAAGGAGCUAGCAUCCAAGCAGGGCGCCACCGCCUCGCCAUCGGUGUUGCUGCCACCACCUGAGCCAAUCUUAGCUCGGCUCAAGGACGAGUUCCAGCUGUACUGGGAUGACUUGCCACCUCUAGCGCAUCAAGCGUUGCUAUGGGACUCAGGGUAUAUCAUAGCCACGGACGGGGCAUCAUCAGCCGACCAAUGGGUGCAAGUCCGCCUGCCUUGUGAUUCCAGUCGACAAAUGCAAGACAUCGCGCUCUCGCCCAACACGUUUCCAGGCACAACCCAGCUAUGCGCAUCGUCCAUAGGGUCGUCGUACCUUCGAAGCACGGAAAACGCCGUGGCCGAUGCAAAACUGUUCGCGUCUAGGGCCAAAUGCGGCGUGUUCAUCCCCAAAGGAUUGAACGUCGCUUCGUCGACCGCGUCCAUGUACUCGCAGGACGCGCUGGCUGCCGCCGUCGUUCCGGAACCCCGGAUCUUCAUGCACGCGAUCGUUCCUGUCAUCCACACGACCCCAGACGCAUCGAAGGCCGAAUCUCCUGCGGGCACGUGUCCUCGCUCUGGCGGCGGCAUGACCAUUCCGUGCCGACCCAUCCUCCAGGAAAACGACCCAAUGUUCUGCUUUCCUCUCCAGAGCCAAGCGAUGAAAGUGUGGCUCAAGGACCUCCAGCAAACAACUCCCAGCAUCCGACCGUCUACAUCACCCCCGUCCUCUACUUCGUCCCCAUCGGCGCCACUUCCCGCGUCCCCGCUGCCGCGUCUGUCAGAUUUAUCGCCUUCCCUCCCGCCCCCAAUCAACCCCCAACAGAACCAGUCGUCCAACUUGUUGGGGUACCUCGGGGGCGGCGGCGGUGGCCUCGUCCUCGUCGUGCUCCUCUUCGUCGUCGUCCGGUAUCGAUCGAAACAGUCGCGGCAGCUCGAGUGGGACCGUGCCCAAUUUCACCAACCCCCCCCCACCGCUCGAUUCUCGCACCACGUGAAUCCGGGUGAACCGUCCGCUGUCAAAACCAAGCCACGAGGUGUGUACGACUUGGUUCUGUCGCCUCUGCAGACGACGCUCCGGCCGCCACGUCACUCGGCGUCUCCUACUUAUUCCAUCACGCAAGACAUUAACGACAACAUCCACAACAAGCUUGCUUCAAUGGAGAACGAGGACAUCAUUGAAACUGACCCGAUGCGACGGCUGUUCCAGCUGCCACGUCACUUCAAACUGCCCAUCGAAGCGCUGGCGUGGGAAGUGAUUUUGGACAAAACUGCCACAGCGGAGAUUUACUAUGGUCAGUACCAGCAGUACCACGCGAUUGCGUUGAAAAUCCUGCGGGUGGACGCCGCGCAAGACGCCGCCGUCGUCCGUUCGUUCGUCCAGGACGUCGUGUGUGUUGCCACGUGUUGGCAUGCGUUCUUGGUGCCGUUUGUCGGGUUUGGCUUUGACGAUGUCACACAUAGCCCGAGCUCCGUCGUCGCCGUGACCGAGUACUGCUCCCAGGGAACGCUGCGAUCGUUCCUACGAGCCGACCUCGUCAACCUCCACUGGAGCCUCAAGGCCACGCUGGCGCUGCAAGUGGCGCAGGGGCUGCAGUAUCUGCACGCCCGCAACGUCGUGCACGGCAACGUGACAGCCCAAAGCGUGUGGAUCGACUGGCCAACGGCGAAAUUGUCGCCAUUGCACAUCGACUCGUCGUCCACCGGUUGUUUGGUCGAUGACAUCCACGUAGCCCCGGAACUGCGGCGGCAAGACGACGGCGCCACCGCCGCCUCGGACGUAUAUGCAUUUGGUGCGCUCUUGUGUGAAUUGGACAUGCAAAUGCCGCUGCAAGGCCAGCCGAGCAUCGGACGAAUGUGCCCCGAACAAAUUCUGGCGAUUGUCCAGCACUGCAUGGACACGUUGCCGCGAAAACGGCCGACCAUGGCGCAAGUGGUGGAUGCCCUCGACGCCACGAGCGCCAACUUGGACGGAGACUGCAGUGGGUUUGUCUAAUAACGUUAAGUAUACACCUGGACUACUCAGUACGGUUGUACUGUACAGC